UCCAUACAUUGUAAACACCAUUAAGUAGGGAUACCGGUGCGUAGUACGAAUUACAUAGUGUUGACACUAACAUUUAGUCAUAACAACUGGUUUUACAAAACCUUAUUAUGCCAAGGACAUCAUGUCUUACAGCUAGCAUUACAGAUGUAAUUCAUAAAAUAAUUAAAUUUGUGUUUAGUAAUUUUUAAAAAAAUGGAUGUUAAUAAAUUGGAAAAGGAAGAAUUGAUGUACGAGUUGAAAACUCGAGGUAUAACAGCUUUAGAUGAUAUUAAUGAAAUGAGACAUGUUCUGAAAGGUUUGUUAAAGAUUGAAAUAGAAGGUAAACAAAUGAUGGAGACAAAUAGAAAUGCAGAAGUUGAUGUGAAGAAUGAAAUAAAAGUUUGUGUUAAAAAGCUACAAUUUAUCAAUGCAAUGAUAGAUAAAAUUGAGGGAGAUAGGUUUAGUGAACAAUAUAGAAUAGUAGAUGCAAAACUAUGCCACUUAAUGAAUCGUGUAGAUAAUUUAGUGGCUAAAGAUGACCAAGAUAAAAAAGAAAGGUCUAAUUUGUUAAAAGGUAUUUUAUUUUUAAUGAGAAAAAUGGAAACAAUGGCUUCAAGUUCUUCUGUAAUAGAAAAAAAACAAAAUGAUGUCACAGGUACAUCUGGACAGAUAGUAUUGUAUGAAUCCAAUAUUACUAAUAUGAAUUCUACAUAUACUGGAUCUGUUUCUACAGCAUCAGAUGAAGAAUUUGGCACAGAGUAUUUUGUACAACAAGGUGUUGCAAUAAAAAGUUUAAGUAAACUUCACAAAGGAUCCAAACGACACAAAAAUGCAGAAACACACUAUACAGGAAUACUCAAAAUAAUGAAAUAUAAGACUGAUAAGUUCAUAGAAUGGAAACCUACAGAAAUGUCCAUAGUACCUGAUGUCGAUGAAUGGAAUAUAGUUGACACAGGAUUUAAAAAUCAAGAAAAAAACUUGAAUGAUCAUAAUAUUGAUAUUAAAAUCAAUUUGGCUACAUUGAAGAGUUAUAAAUUAAAAAAGCAUAAGAAACAUCAAAUAUCUAUACUACAAACAAAUGGUUCUCUUGUUACAUUUUUAUUUGAAAGUUCACCAAUAAAUGAUUUUAUUACAGCUUUAAAAACUCUUCUUUACACUGAAAAAGAAAUACGUCAUCAUAGGCCUACUGGUGUGAUGUUAGUUUUGGGGGAAAGACAAGACUCUGAUCCAUUAUGUCAAUCAAUUAAAGAAUUAAAAAUUUUUCCUGAUCAACCUCCUACUAGUACAGUUUGGAGUUUUAUUAGUGGAUUUCAAAAUAAUCCAGUUGAAAAAACUUACGAGACUUUUGCAAAAAUAAGUGAUGUACUUUUAACUCGUACUCCUGAUACUCGUCCUGAUCAAGAAGUAGCAGAACUGUUAAAUAGAGCUGAAGAAGAUGAUGAAUAUACUAUGCUUGAACAUCCAACAUCAAUUUUACCUCCAAGACCUUCAAUUAAACCUCGAAAAAUGCCUUUGAAUCAAACAAAAUUUUAUGAAUCUAUGGAUGAAGAGGGGCGCAUUAUAAAUUCAGAUGAAAUAAAAAGUAUAAUUUUUUAUGGGGGAGUUGAACAUUCUCUGAGACGAGUUGUAUGGAAAUUUUUACUUGAAUAUUAUCCUUGGAAUUCUACCCGAGAACAACGUACAUAUAUUGAUGAACAAAAGAAAGUAGAAUAUGAAAGAAUGAAAGUUCAAUGGAUGAAUAUGUCCUCAGAUCAAAUGUCAAGAUUCAACAUGUAUAGAGAUAGGAAAAGCCUUAUUGAUAAAGAUGUUUAUAGAACUGAUCGUACACUUGAUUUUUAUGCUGGAGAUAGAAAUGAUAAUUUGGUUAAAUUACAUAAUGUAUUGAUGACUUAUGUUAUGUAUAAUUUUGAUCUUGGCUAUGUUCAAGGCAUGAGUGAUUUAUUAUCUCCUAUUUUAGUUAUUAUGAAUAGUGAUGAAGUUGAAUCAUUUUGGUGUUUUGUGGGAUUCAUGAAUAGAGUUAAUACCAACUUUGAACUAAAACAAACUGGGAUGAAAAAGCAGUUAAAUGAUUUACAUUAUUUGUUGUCAACUGUAUCACCUGAAUUAGAGAGCCAUUUAAAAAAGAUGGAUUCCAGCAAUAUGUAUUUUUGUUUUAGAUGGCUAUUAGUAUUAUUUAAAAGAGAGUUUGUUUACUCUGAUAUUAUGCAAUUAUGGGAAGUAUUGUGGACUGAUAUGCCAUGCUCCAAUUUCCAUUUACUUAUAUGUGUAGCUAUUUUAGAUAAUGAGAGAGAAACAAUAAUUAAUGAAAAUUAUGGACUUACUGAAAUCCUUAAGCAUGUUAAUAAUUUGUCUGAAAGAAUAAACUUGGACCAAGCUUUGACUACUGCAUAUAGCAUUUAUGAACAACUUAAGGAAGCUAAAACUUCAUUAUCAGAUUCUGUUUCUGAAUUAUUAGGGUUCCGUAUCAAUAAUACAGAUGACAAUAACAUAAGAGAAGAAGAAUACGAAAAAGCAUUAUCAAUGAAUUAUAUUUAAUUUUUAAAUAAUCAAGAUAAUUAAUGUAAUGCUGUUAAUAAACAAACUUAGAUGAGUAAACAAGUUUUUGUUAAUAUUUAUACAUGUUAAUACAAUGUAAACAUUUGCAUCACUUUUAUGAAUUAUAUAUUACAUUCUAAAAAUGUUUAAAUAAAAUUAUUUUAUCAUUAUACAAAUUUAUUUUAAAUACUAUAAAAUUUCAUAUAAAUUUAGUAUAUAGUAUCUUGAACAAUUUAAUAUUUUUAAUAGAUAUAAAUUUCCAUAUUUAUAAACUUUUAUAUUUUUUAAAAAGGUAUAAAAUUCCUAACAUUGAAAAACAUUUUUUGUUUAAAUACUUGUAUAAAAUAUAAUUAUACUAUCUAUGUACUAUAGUGGUUACAAUAUAGAAUUUAAUUUGUAAAUUUUUAUUUUAUAUUCCUAUCAUGGUAAUUUAUUAAUUUAAUGGUUCAGGAUUUUUGUUAAUUGAUAGUUAAUUUUUUUUUUGUACAUAUGAAAAUUUUAUUUAGUUAUGUUUAAUAUAUAUUAAAUAUUUAUUUUAA